AGAAUAUGGCGGCUUCCUCUGAUCGGCUACCAGAGCUGUACUAGUUGUACCUGAUACAUCUACAAGUUUACAGAACAAGGGACAUAUACUAGUUACCACAACGAAAUAAGAAGAAAGGAAAGGGGUUAGUGAACUGGGAUCCCGGGGUUUGUAGGGCUUUUUGAGGAACAUGUUAUCCGCACAGUGAGGUGCUCAGAACCGCAUCAUGGAUCUGUCUCCAGAAGAAGGAGACACUCACACGAGUGUCAGCGAUAUGACCACCAGUGAGAAGGUGGUGGAUCUUCUGAAUCAAGCUGCUCUUAAGUCUUCAGAUGAAAAGCUAACUGUGCUCAAGCAGGUCCAGGAGCUUAUCAUCAACAAGGAUCCGUCUCUUCUUGACAAUUUCUUGGAUGAGAUGAUCGCUUUUCAAACCGAUAAAUCUAUUGAAGUGAGGAAGUUCGUCAUUGGCUUCAUCGAGGAGGCGUGUAAAAGGGACAACGAGCUGCUCCUCAGACUGAUUGCCAACCUGAACAUGUUGCUUAAGGAUGAAAGUGUGAACGUGGUGAAGAAAGCCAUCCUGACUCUAACACAGCUGUACAAAGUUACUCUGCAGUGGUUGGUUCGCUCCAAAGCCGUGUCAGAGAUGCAGGAAGCUUGCUGGGACUUGGUCACACAAAUGAAAGGGGAGGUUUUGGCUUUGCUGGAUUCUGAGAACGACGGCGUUCGCACUCAUGCGAUCAAGUUCACGGAGUCAUUAAUCAUCACUCUCUCACCACGGACGUCCGAGUCUGACGUCCCCAAACGGCAGGAAGGCGACAUCAGCCUGGACAAAGUUCCCAGAGAUCAUUCGUACAUUCGCUACGAUGCUCUGUGUGAGGAGGGGAAAAGUGCUUUGGAGAAGCUGCUGAAGUUCAUGGUCCAUCCGGCCAUUUCCAGCAUUAACCUCACCACAGCGCUGGGCUCCCUGGCCACCAUCGCCCGUCAGAGACCCAUGUUCAUGUCAGAGGUGGUGCAGGCGUACGAGACUCUGCAUGCAAACCUUCCCCCGACUCUGGCCAAGUCUCAAGUCAGCAGCGUGAGGAAGAACCUGAAGCUGCACUUGGUGGCCGUCCUGAAACAUUCCUGCAGCCUGGAGUUCCAGGCUCAGAUCAGCACCUUGCUCCUGGACCUGGGGAUGCCCCAGAGCGAGAUCACCCGCUCGACACCGGCUCCACGCGAGCAGCGCAAACGGCCUCGUCACGAACAGUACACGGAGGGAAAGAAAAUCAAGAUAGAGCCGACGCUGAUCGAAGACGAUGAAGACAAAGAGGAGCCGGCUCCUCUCUCCGUCCCCAAACCAGCUGCUGUUCCAGUCACACAGUCGGCCAUCGACGUCACGGCCGAGUUUCUGCGGCCGCUGCUCACUCCUGAGAAUGUGGCCAACCUGGUGCUCAUCAGCAUGGUGUAUCUGCCCGAUGUCAUGCCAGCCUCCUUCCAGGCCACGUACACGCCCGUUGAGUCGGCAGGAACGGACGCUCAGAUUAAACAUCUGGCCAGACUCAUGUCCUCUCAGAUGACUGCAGCUGGAAUCGGUCCAGGGCUCGAGCAGAGCAAACCCAAAGAGGGCGACCUGAGCAAAGACGGGGACAACGAGGACGACUCCAUCGCUAAAGACCUUCUCAUCAAGCGCAAAGUUCCAGCCGUGAUGAUGGGUCAAGCGAUAUCUGUGGUCGGCUGCAAAGAAAAGGUUUCAGCCGCCGCAGAAGCUCCCACCGCAGUCAAGAGGCUUCCAGAGCCCAUCCUCCCUUCAGUGCAGACCAAGAUGACGGGGGCAGGUGGGAGAAAGAAGGUGUUUCGUUUGUCAGAUGUCGUCCAGCCUCUGUCCGAAACCCAGAUUGAGAGUUUAACUUCCAAAGCAGUGAAGCGCAUUUUGCAUUCAGAAAAGGCGAUUGCUCAAAGCGGAAUGUCCCACGUCAGAGUGAAGCUCCUCUCCAGGCUGGUGACACAGUUCGAGGGGAUGAUGAAAGAAGACGUGCUGGAGUUUAUUCUGGACGACAUCCGGUCACGGAGCGACCUGGCGUUUUCUCUGCUCUACCAGGAAUACAACACCUACCUCAGCCAGCUGCCGUCUGGACUUCUGGACAGCUACGACCACUGUCUGUUCACUCUGCUGUCAGGCCUGCAGGAGAAACCCGAGCAGAGGGACGGCCUUUUCACCAAACUGGUGCUGGAGGCUCCCAUCAUCACAGAAUCUGCUCUGGAAGUGAUCCGACGUUACUGUGAGGACGAGUCUCGGGUGUAUCUGGGAAUGACGACGCUGAAGGAGCUCAUCGUCAAACGGCCGUCGAGACAGUUCCAGUAUCUGCACGUCCUUCUGGAUCUCAGCUCGCAUGAAAAAGAGAAGGUGCGCACCACCGCCUUGGCUUUUCUGAAGCGCAUGUACGAGAAAGACCAGCUCAGGGACUACAUAGAGAAGUUUGCCCUGAACUACAUGCAGCUUCUGGUCCAUCCCAACCCUCCGUCUCUGCUCUUCGGGGCCGACAAAGACACAGAGGUGGCCGCCCCCUGGACCGAAGAGACGGUGAGACAGUGUCUGUUUCUCUACCUGUCCCUGCUUCCCCUGAACCAUCGGCUGGUCCACGAGCUGGCGUCCGUCUACACCGAGGCCAUCGCCGACAUCAAGCGCAGCGUGCUACGAGCGAUAGAGCAGCCGAUCCGUGGGAUGGGGAUGAACUCUCCUGAGCUGUUGCUCCUGGUUGAAAACUGUCCCAAAGGAGCCGAGACUCUGGUCACGCGCUGCCUCCACAUCCUGACGGAUAAAGUGCCUCCGUCUCCAGAACUAGUGGAGAGGGUGCGAGAUCUUUACCACAAACGAGUGCCAGACGUUCGCUUCCUGAUCCCCGUCAUCAACGGUCUAGAAAAGAAUGAAGUGAUUCAGGCUUUACCCAAACUCAUCAAGCUCAACCCCAUCGUAGUGAAGGAGGUGUUCAACAGACUGUUGGGAACUCAGCACAGUGAAGGAAGUUCUUCGGUGUCGCCUCUCACCCCUGGAGAUCUGCUCAUCGCUUUACACAACAUAGACUCAAACAAAUGUGACAUGAAGUCCAUCAUCAAAGCUACCAACCUGUGCUUCGGGGAGAAGAACGUUUACACCUCGGAGAUUUUGGCGGUGGUGAUGCAGCAGCUGAUGGAGCAGAGCCCCCUCCCCAUGCUGCUCAUGCGCACCGUCAUCCAGUCCCUCACCAUGUAUCCCAGACUGGGGGGGUUCGUCAUGAACAUCCUGUCCCGCCUCAUCGUCAAACAGGUGUGGAAGUAUCCUAAAGUGUGGGAAGGAUUCGUGAAGUGUUGCCAGAGGACGAAGCCUCAGUCUUACAGCGUCCUCCUGCAGCUGCCGCCUGCACAGCUCACCAGUGUGUUCGAACGCUGCCCUGAGAUGAGAGAGCCUCUUCUACAGCACGUCCUCUCCUUCACACCUCAUCAGCAAGCUCACAUUCCUGCCUCCAUCAUGACGGUUCUGGAAGCAAAUAAAAAAGCGCAGCCGAAGCCUGAAGAGCCGGUUGUGGAGAAAGAGCUGGAACCUGCUCCAGUCGUCUCGGUUGCAGAAGAGGCUCCACCCACGGCAGCUCCAGACACUCCGGUCCAGGAAGACCCAGCAUCCGUGAAAGACGAAGAAGAACCAAUGGAGCAGGAGGAGUCUGAUCCAGUGAUACGGGAAGAAAGUGAUAACGUUCCACAGGUGGAGUUUCCAGAGCAGAUGAGAUAUUGUCACCGCAUCCAGCUGAUGAACCAGCUGAGGAACAAGCUGAGGAACCGGCUGAGGUACCGGCUGAGGAACCGGUUGAGGAAUUCGUUAAGGAACCAGUUGUGGAACCGGUUGAGGAACCAAUGGAGGAGUCUCAGCAUGAAGCUUCCGACCAACCGGAUCCAGUGAAAGAUGCUGAAACGGACAUGGCAGGAAACGAAAGUGUCAAUGAGGAUGAGAAUUAAGGAAGCACUCGGUGUAAAUGAACAUUUGUCCCUGCGUACAUGUCCCCAGGUUUCCAGGAUUUCAAAAAAUAAACAAAACAAAGCUCUUUUUGUAUUUGUAGAAAAAUAAAAAAAGAUUUUGAGGGGUACAAAAAUAGAAACGUUUGUGUAUAAUAGCAUUCAAUACACCAUUGUCCUCAUCAGCUGGUAAAUAAAUAACAUCAGUUUUGA